AUGGGGAUUGAAACUGAAAUUGAAGACAAAAAAUGGCGUUACACAUGGGAAGCACAAUCUCACACACCAAUCCUCCGCUUACUCCUUUUCCCAUUCUCCAAAACCCUAAACCACCACAAUCUCACCGUUCACCUUCAUUCCCCUCCCACUUUCCUCACUCUCACUUCUUCCUCCUCCUCCCUCUCCCUUAGGGUUCCGAUUCCCAACGUCUUACUCGACGCCGAACUUCCUCCCACCCUCCGCUCAUUCACCGACCAUAUCGAAAUCAAACUCGUACUCUUACUCCCCGUCGAUCACCCCGUCCUAUCCGAACUUCAUCAAACCUCACCAUUACCUCAACCUCUCCUAAUCGAAUACGAUGUAGACAAAUUGUCUUCUGCUGGAGAAGUUGAAUUUCUUUGUAGAACUUGCAGAUACCAUUUGACCAAUAAACCUAUCAGGAAUUUUGUUGAAAUGCCGUCACCGAAUUGGAGGGAGGUGGCUGACAAUUGGUUUGGGGCUUGUUGUUGUUCGUUUGGCGGUAUAAGUGAGAAGCUCGUCACGAGCUGCAUGGGUGUGGUCAUUGAUGUUUGUGAACUGAACUGUUCUUUUGAUGAGAAUGCAAGGGUUGCAAAUCCUGGGAAUGGAAAGCUUUCUGAUGAACCUGAUUGCAGUGAUUUUGCUCGUAUAUGUCUAGAUUUGAAUGACACUGAACACACGACCAAUAUUCAUAGUUGUUGUACUCAUUUAACGAGUACUCUAGGAGAUGAAGACGGUGAACAUCAUUUAUCUUCAAAUGCUAGGAAGAUUGAAACUGUGGAAAUUGUGGGAAAUCAGAAAUCUUUUCUUAAUGGUUUUCUUGAAGAUGUUUUCAUGGCUAGAUCAUCAAAUCUUUCAAAGAAUAUUGAUUGGCAUGAAUUUACAUGCCCGCAAUGCACAACUCUCCUUGGAGCCUACCCAUGUUGUGAGGGAUGUGCGCCUGUAGAUGGAGGAGUACGACUGUUCAAAUGUUAUAUUUCAACCUGUCUGCCAGUUUUAGGAUCAGGGGACAUUUUCAGCAAGUACACAAUGGACAAAAUGUUUGCGAAUCGGUUGGUCGAGUGUGCGGAUGACGAGUCAACAUUUCGGUUCGUUGUUAGAGAUCUGAAAACCAAAUCUCCUGUCCUGCAAAUCAUUCUUUUAAAUCUAGAUACUUGGUCCUGUUCUGGUUAUUGCUUUGGAGCAGAGGAGAAAGACCCAGAUCCUAAAUUACAGCUACGGCCGGUCAUCAAGGUCCUUUUUUCUGACUCCGAAGCAGCAACAGAAUCUCAACUAAGGGUGAUAGAAGAAUGGGCAGCUAAGAAUUCAGCUGAAGACAUUUUCAUGCUAACUAAUCAAAUACAAGACGUGGUGAAUUCAUUGAUGUCUGCAAAAGAUAUAUAUCCUCCUUCAUGUGCCUCCCUUCCUGGUUUAAUGCUGUCAUAUGUGCAACGGUAG